CGUGUCGCGGAUCACAGUCGAUCGAGUGAACGAGACGAGGCCGCACGCACGCGCUCGGCGUAGCGAAAGUAAACAACCCGUGUGUAUGCGUUGCACAUUAUCGCGUUGUGUCACCGGUUGCUAGAUGCAGUAUCUUUGGAUCGGUUCACUUCAGAAGAAGAAUCACUUACCUUGGGAGAUCUAGUAUGCCUUUCAAACAUGGACUCCUUCAGUGGUGACUCGGUUUGUUGGAGCUCCUAACGAUCUAGUAGGCAUAAGCGGUGCACCAGAUAUCCUUCUGGUCUGGUACUUGUCGUGUGAAGCACCAAUGAGCGAGCAGCAGUAGAACCGUCGGGCUAGAAGUAUAAUUGCACCAGUUGUCUUAUCGGUGCCUGCCCUAGAAGGCAAAGAUCGCGAAGUGUCGGUGUGCCGAGAAUUGCAGUGUCGCAAGUGUUGUGCCAGUGUGCUCCACAACGUUCAGUACCCGCAUGCAGUUGCGAAUAGUUGAGGCAAGUAAAAACGAGUGGUUCCACCGGAGCGCUCUAACGUGGUGGAAUUCCAAACCCGCAAAGCACCCUCCCCAGAGAAGUUUAGGAGAUCUCGUUUCGGGGAGCCGCAUAUUUCGUGGCCGUGUGUGAAUUUUUGUGUUUGGUGGUAGGCGCUAGGUGCUGUUUUGUUGUUUUACCGGUUUUGAAGCCAGUGUGCCCACGACAACUGUUCGCGUCGUUCCAAUUAUAACGGCCAAAUAGCCAGGCAAAUAAACGACCUCGUGAGCGUUACGUUCGCGGUGGCAUAUCUCUCCUGGUUCGGGGUUGCUCCGUGCCCGUAGCUUUUUUCACCGGUGUGAUCUCUGGCCUAACAACAGUUGGGGAAACCUUUGGAGCAGUAGGCGUUGCUGAAAUUGUCAUCCGAGUGAAAGGGGCCUAGUAUAUUUGGAUCACUUUCUUCGGAAGUUCGGUAGCAGAAACUGGAGUGCGAUUCUCACACAGCAGCAGCACGAAUGAAUUCUCAUCGAUAAUAGAGCGCCAAGCAUCAGAGGAACUGCAGGAUGAAACCUCCAUCAAGAUUUCAAUUACUCUACACAUGUCUAGUCGUAGGACAGCUGAUUGCCAUCGGAUAUGGGGCAGAGAUUAUGACAGCCGGGAUUGCUGGCGGAGGAGCAACCGCAUCCAGCAACAGCACUCAAACGUCGUCUAGUCAAUCACCAGCGUCAGUACCAGCCGCCUACCAAAGCCCACCGUUGGGGACUCCUCGCCCAUCGGCUAGUUUAAGCAGCAUUAGCACUAUUACCACCAUUACCACAGACUCUACCACCGCGGCCACGAGCACCAUUAGCAGCAGCGGUAGCAAUCGAACAAAAGACGAUCUGACACAAACCGCCCAAGAUGCGUUCGGAACGGCCUGGACCGCUCGCAAGUUUGUUAACAAACCGACGUACGAUCGGAAGGCGGCGGCGUACGGGAAGCGUUUCGAAGGCGCCCUGCAACCACGGAUCCGAGAUUUGGGCGACUGGCGAUGUCCGAACGUGUCCGAGGGCGCGAAUCUUGAGUGCAGCUGUGACCUGCCACACACGCUACGGUGUAGCGGUGAUCUGCAUGGGCUGGAAGUGAUUGCGGACAGCUUGCGACGAUCGCCGUACGAAGUAUCGCUGUUGGACUGUACGCUCAAGAACGUGACCAGCAUCAGUGAUGCGAACAUCUUCCAAAACGUCUCACUGCAAGGUUUGGUGAUCUCGUCCGGAGAAAUUAAGCGAGUGCAUAGGCUCGCUUUUGCCGGGAUUCGAACACUGCUGCAAGCGCUCGGACUACCGAACAACGCUCUCGAAAGUGUUCCGAUGCAGUCGCUCGUUGCUGUUGGGCAGCUCGAUCGUUUGGAUCUUUCGUUCAACAAGAUUAAGUCGUUGCAGAAUGGUGAUUUUUUGGCCGUACCCAAGCUGUCCUAUCUCGAGCUGAGCAGCAAUCAGAUCGCGCUUAUUGCUCCGAAAAGUUUGGUGCCGUUGAAGAAUCUGCUUCAUCUUAAGCUAAACGGGAAUCGGCUGGGGGAGUCACCGGAGAGCCUCAAAUCGCUGGUAUCUUGCCUGAGCCUUAAGGAACUUCAUCUGCAUUCGAACGGGAUACGAGGUCCGCUGCAGAACACCACGUUACCACGAAUUCGCGGACUAGAGAUUCUUUACCUGGACAAAAACUCCAUCUCCAGCAUCCACAAUGGCGCACUGGAGGCGUAUCCGUAUCUGCAGAUGCUGUCCCUUCGCAGCAAUCAAAUCGAUGUGCUGCAAGAUCACGCAUUUUCUGGCCUAGCCUCCCUUCAGAUGCUCGAUCUCGGGCAUAAUGGCAUUGUUACCAUUUCGGAUGCAUCGCUCAAGCAUCUACCACGGCUCAUUAUCCUCGAUCUUACACACAACUUCCUGCGGGCACUGACGGCCGAUGUGGUUGCUCCGUUACCUGCCCUGAAGGAGCUCCGGCUGGACGGCAACGAUAUCUCGCUGAUUGCAGAGAACGCACUGGUGAGCGCGACCCAACUGCAUAGUCUAUCCCUGGAGAGUAAUCCGCUCGUGUGUGACUGCACGAUGAAACCGUUCCUGCAAUGGUUGGCCGGAGCACGACCUGCAUCGCAAGGCAUUCUUGGCGCAAUCUGUGCCACACCGCCGUAUCUGGAGGGGGCCGAUCUGUUGCAGAUUGCACCGGAAACGCUUACCUGUGGUGAGGGUGGCAGCAAGCAGCAGACCGAUCGUGAAACUUUCCAGACGAUCGAGGUGAUGCUGAAGCUGAAGAACAAUGCAUCGUAUGUGCGCGACGUUGGCAGUGAGGUCCGGCUGCGGGAGGUUAAUUUCACCGACGAAAGUGACGUCUACCUGAGCUGGCUGCUGGGAACCGACGAUUAUUCAUGCCGCUUUGUGUACGUGUUUCACACGGACGAUCCCGAAAUGAUCCUGUACAAUUCGGAGGUGUCUUGCAUUGUGAAACCGGAAGCUCCUAUUACGGCCAUGGAGUACAUCUACAGCACCAAGCUGAUUGGAGCGUAUGACUUGCAAAGUAACGUUAGUUACAAAUUCUGUCUCAUCAUGAAGGAAGACAUCUCAAAGGAUGAGUAUCUCGGUGCCUGUAAGGUGACCGCUCUACCCCGUCCCCACAUCAACACGGCCAAACGGAAGUCGAUAAAGAAGGAGCUGCAGAUAAGUACGCGCCAGACAAACGAGUCGGACAUUUCGGACUUUGAUCGCAUUUCGUCCGACUUCCGGCACGACGAUCGGAAUCGGGAUGAGUUGCUGAAGGGACGGGACAGUGAUGACGAUGGCGAGGACACGGAGUAUCAAGGCACUGAGGAGACCGAUCGUGUUGAUCAUCCCGUGCCGGAUGUAACAGACUACAACGACAACAGUGACAUGGACCAGAGCAGCGACGAGGAUGACGACGGUGACGAGAGUGUCGGUGUGCUGUCGAACCACAUACGGGACGAUCCCGAUUUCCGACAGCUGCAGCUAGCGGCCGAAGCGGAAGCAGCCCGCCUCCCGUCGGUACAUGGUGGCCGUGUCCUGCUGGAGGGAUUAGGGACAAUCAUCAUUAUUACCAGCUUGGUAGCGUUCAUUUGGGGGCUGGUACGGUUCAAGGGGGAGCAUCGGCAUCUGCCGUCUAUGGCGAGCUGCUACGCUGUGGACGAACGGAGACGUAGCUCGCAUCAGGAUGUAGAAAGUCGUAGCCGAUACUUUAAGCUACAGGCAACCACCAGUCUGUGAGUUGCGUUGUUUUGUGAUUAUACGUCACGCCGUUUGUUCGGUGGCGCCGAAUCGAUCGAUUCCGUACGGUUAAACGCGAACAAAUUAUGUAAAUUUGUUGUACAUAGAGUUGGUUAUUUAUGCUAGUACGGUAAGACCCGGUGCACGGAAAAGGAAAACAGUGUGACCCUGUAGUGUGCGAAGGUCGUGACGUAGGUGUGUUCGUUUUGCAAGUCGUUAGCAUUCUGUUGUAUUUUACAUUUCAUUCUAAACUAAUCGUACUGUGCCAUCGUGUCAUUUGUGUGAGUAAGGGAGAAAAGUUACUAAAAUCGCGUUUAAUGUUGUAAAAAAGUGCAACAAGAUUUUUUUUGUGCGGGAGAAAGCGGCAGUUCAAAAAUAAAACAAAGCGUGUUGGUUCUCAAA